AACUUUCAUAAUCUCCACUUUGUAUGCGUGCAUCGGCCGCAUAUGUAUUUAUCGAGCAAACAGCAGUGGCAUCUCAAAACCUGCAAGAGCCAGUCGCUCUCUCGACGAUGAUUGAGAAAGUUGUAGUAGAGCCGCAGUGUGCGACUGCGCGAGAGCGAGCGAGCGAGGGACUUUUCGGAGAUGCGGUUCCACGCGCGGCUGAGUCGCGAUCGAGCCGCCGCUUCGUCAGGAGCAUGUCGUGGCUAGCGUCGAUCUUGCGGUGCGCGCUCCUCGGACUCGUGCUUUUCCGAUUUGGCAUCUGCGACGAGCACGAGUACCGGCUGACAAAGUACCUACUGGACGGCUACGACGCCGGCGUCCGUCCGGCGAAAAACUCGUCCCAGCCUCUGGUCGUCGCGUUUGGUCUAGCCCUGCACCACAUCAUCGACGUGGACGAAAAGAAUCAAAUCCUCACGACGAACUGCUGGCUGACACAAGCCUGGACGGAUCACCACCUCCGCUGGAACGCCUCGGAGUUCGCCGGCAUCCACGUCAUCCGCGUCCCUUACAACCGCGUCUGGCGACCCGACACCAUCCUCUACAACAAAUCCGCAGUACAGCUCGGCGGUGAUCAACACGAACGUGAUAGUCCGGCACACGGGCGAAGUGGUAUGGCUGAGCCAUGGGAUCUUCCGAAGCAGCUGCGACAUCGACGUCGAGUUCUUCCCCUUCGACGAGCAAAGGUGCGUCCUCAAGUGGGCCUCCUGGACCUACGACGGCUAUCAGCUCUUCUGGUGUUUUACGUGCCGUCGGAGUCCGGUGAAAAAGUCACCCUCGGCAUAUCGGCCCUGCUGUCGAUGACGGUUUUUCUGAUGACCAUCAGGGAGAGCCUGCCGCCGACCGAGAAGACACCGCUGAUAAGCAUGUACUACGGGAUGAGCAUCUGCCUGGUGUCGGUGGCUUCGGGUCUGGCUGUUGUGACGUUGAACUUUCACCAUCGAGGCGUACGGGGUACCAGAGUACCCGUCCUUGUCAGGGAAUUCGUCCUGAAUAGUUGGCUCACCAGAUUCCUCUGCUUCAAUUUCCAGGAGGACCAUCCGGAAACCGUGAGAAGAAAAAAUUGCCCGCUACACUGUAAAUCCGAAACGUCGUCCCGUCAACCGCCGCCACCGCCUCCUCCACAACAAGCAGCGCACAUGUCGCCUAAUUACAACGUCGGAAGGAGACAUACGAGUGACCACAGUAGUCCGCCCUUAGAUCUGAGCAAGGACGGCGUGAUAGAGACGCAGUGGGCGAAGGUGAUCAGCCGAGUCCAGGCAACGAUCGAGAAGAACGAGAGGCGACUGCUGGACCAGGAUCUUCGCGAGCGUACCGAGCUCGAGUGGAAGCAGGUUGCGCUGGUCGGCGAUCGGGCGUUGCUCUUGUUAUUUUUUCUCAUCACGGCUGUGAGCACGGCUGUCAUCCUCUCCAGGGCACCUGCUACCGACGGCAAACCCGCGAUGAGCUAAGCCGACGAUUAUCCGCGGAGAUGUUGAGAUGGAUGUCGAAGCGACUAAGAUUCCUGUUGCUUUGUUUUCUGUGAUGACGAGAGGAGAGAUCUGUUGAGUAAACGAAUGCAUUAGUACAACGAUUAACGAGAACGUGUGGAGGGUCCUGCUUGUGGUUGCGAUUUUUUCUUUGCUUGUUGCAAUUUUUACUCACCUGUAGGCGAGGAAGUAAAUUUAAUGCUCAGGAGUGAGUGAAAGUUGCGACUUUGUACCUUUCAGUAUUAUCGUUAUUAUUCUUGUGAUGAUGAAGAUGAUUGCGUGAAGCUCAACUUAGUUAGUCAACAGGAAUUAAAGUCAGUAUUAAAAAAUUUCACGUUAUGGAAUAUUGACUGUCGCGUGACGUUGAUAUCCGUACAUAAAUCGAGCGGGUGGUGUAUGUAUAUGUACAUGAAACUCAACAUACUCGCGUUUGAUCUUGAUUUUUUCGAAUCAAAAUACGUUUUCAUUCUUUUCGAAGUUUCCAUAUUUCGGUUGCUGAAACAGCGCAUCGAUAUCAAAAUACAUUAUCAAUUAUGCGAUGAAAUUUUGAAUCUGAAAAGUAAAUUGUUUAAAUAUUGCUUAAGUUGCAGUUCGUAUGUGGUUUAUAAAGAGAAAAAGUAAGAUACAUGCGUCAAUUAUUUCUUUCAUGAAUUAGCUUACUUUUCAGAUUCAAGAGUAAAGGGUCAAAUGAUUCCUCAAAAGUCAAUAAUGAUGUCUAAAGAAACGAAAUCAAAUCAACUGAAUUAGAAAUAUUACUAAAAUAUUUGGUCCCUUUAUUGCCGACAUCAUUUAAAUUGUGUGUCAUAUACGACACUCACAUAGAAUAAUGAUUAUAAAAUUAAGUAUAAAAUAUAACUAUAUAUUAAGUAUAUAAAUUUUGUCUACCAAUUUCUUUUUCAAAGAUGGAAUAGAUUUAUAUUAAAUUAGGCUAGUCAGUUCCCACUGUUGAUUAAUAAUAAUCAGGUACUGGUGCACAAGCAAUCUUAACAAAGUCUUCGUACUUUACUUGACCGUUGAGGGAAACAUUGGCUUCUCUAAAAAUUUGCUCCACUGUAAAGCAAAAUUUCGAUGUAGACAACUUUGUAAAAUUGGUCUGAAAUUAAAUUUUAUGAAAGUGAUGUUUUCAAACUAAAA